GUCCCAGAAGGCCGCGCGGCCUCAGCAGCGGGCGCUUCAGUUCCCAGGGCGACCCCUCUGGCUGAAGCUGGACAUCUGGCGACCGCGGGGUCCUAAGGUGGCCACCGCUUUCCGCACGUUGCUUUCAGCGUCCUCCUUCUCACCUUAAGGCCGCCGCCAUGAAGGAUUCGCUGGUGCUGCAGAGCCGUGUCUCGGCGCACCCGGACUCCCGCUGCUGGUUCCUGGCCUGGAACCCCACGGGGACCCUGCUGGCCUCGUGCGGCGGCGACCGUAAAAUCCGCAUCUGGGGCACCGAGGGUGACAACUGGAUUUGCAAGUCUGUCCUUUCUGAAGGCCAUCAGCGCACUGUUCGGAAAGUGGCCUGGUCCCCCUGUGGAAAUUACCUGGCCUCUGCCAGCUUUGAUGCUACCACUUGCAUUUGGAAGAAGAACCAGGAUGACUUUGAGUGUGUAACCACUCUUGAGGGUCAUGAAAAUGAGGUCAAGUCAGUGGCUUGGGCACCAUCUGGCAACCUCCUGGCUACCUGCAGCAGAGAUAAGAGUGUGUGGGUCUGGGAAGUUGAUGAAGAAGAUGAGUAUGAAUGUGUCAGUGUCCUCAACUCUCAUACACAGGACGUUAAGCAUGUGGUUUGGCACCCAACCCAGGAGCUUUUAGCUUCUGCCAGCUACGAUGAUACAGUGAAGCUGUACCAGGAAGAAGGGGAUGACUGGGUCUGCUGUGCCACCCUUGAAGGUCAUGAGUCCACUGUAUGGAGCUUGGCCUUUGACCCCAGUGGCCAGCGUCUGGCAUCUUGCAGUGAUGACCGUACUGUGCGCAUCUGGCGCCAGUACCUACCAGGCAAUGAACAAGCAGCAGGUUGGGAUUAUACACCUAUAAUCCACCACUCAGGAGGCAGAGGCCAACCUGAUCUACAAAAUGAGUUCCAGCAGAGGCCAUGUCUCAAAAAACAGAACAAAUGAAAAAACAAGUAAAAGGCUCUGUGUGUGUGUGUGUGUGUGUGUGUGUGUGUGUGUUGCCAAUCUGGUGUUUUUCAGGGCAAAGAAUAAUUAGAUGUCUAAUAAGCCUUCUAAAGAGUGGUGAGGGUCGUCUCCAAAGCUGGAGACUUCACCUAAUUUUUUGAUACUGUACAAUUGUGACCUUAGAUUUCUUGGAAGACAGCAGAAGCAGUAUCAAAAGCAGCGGUAGGUAAUGAUAGACAAAUCCAUGGGAGUCUUAGGACCCUUGCAAGGUCAAUACCGUAACAUGAUCAAGGACUGGCACCAGUUAAAUGGCCAUCAGUCUUCACUAUCUUGUUUCCACAGUAGGAAUGGAGACACUUCACUUAGAAAGAUGACUAAUUAUUGUUACACAUUGACCCUUGGCAACUUCUCAUACUGACAAAAGAGAAAAUUCCAUCCAGCCCCUCUGCAAUGAAGUAAGGUGAUCCUAAGGAAAAGCCAUUGGACUUUUGUUGCAAGCCAUUCAUGGAAUACCAUUUUUAUCAGAAAAUUAAGCAUUUAGGCUUGGCUAUUUAAUUGUGUUUCUGAAAAAUGAACACAUUGAACCUUUCACUAAUAGUGUUCGCUGGUAAUGGUAAAUGUUUAAAAGACAGAAUUUCUGAAAACUUGUAACAAACCUUAGUGGUAAUUAAAUUAGCAAAUGAGUAGUGAAUUGUGUGGAUAUCUUGAGAUCUGUGGAAUUUCAUGGGUCAUUCUCCAAAUGGGCAAUGUACUGAUGUUGCAUCUCAAAGGAGAGCCACAAUUAUUUGAAAACUUCUCUUUUUCUCUGAAGUUAACAUGCUUCAGUUCUACCACACAACAGAUGAGCAUAGAAGUGGCUGGCUUCUGUUAAAGUAGAUGUAAAGUGAUUGCAACACUGUACCAUGUUACCCUUCUUCUAGAACUUAUUUUUCCUAAAAUAUGUUAAUGAAAUUAUUUUGAAAUGGACUGCCUUAAUUUUUAAUAUAACAAGUAUCAAUGACUUUAAUAACCUAGAUAAUAAAAGCUUUCAAAAAAAGGGGGAAAGGGUCUUGAAACCAUCAUUUGAAAACUGCUGGCCCUGGAGCAAAGUAAAUCACCUUUCAGUGUUU